AUGACGAGGCUCCGCGGAGGUUCCAUGGAUUCCCCAGAUAUCGCGCGGUCCUCCGGCCACAGACGAUCGCACAGUUAUCGGUCGAAGCUCCCACCGAACGCACCCGAGAUUUUGACACAGAAUACCAUUGAAGUCUCAGACUCUUCGCGGGUACUUCCACGAUAUCGAGAUGACCGAAGGCGCAAGUUCAACGGGUACAAAGCGCAACUCCUACACGGCUGCGAGAACCCCGGAUGUCAGAACCCAACAUGUGCUAGUUGUCGCCGAAGAACCAGCGAAGGCCCAUAUCGUCGAUAUACGGAACUAAGCGCGCGGACUCUGGCUUGCUACCUGGCAAGCUUAGAUGAUGCAGAGGCUGGCCUUUGCUUGAAUGCUCCGAAAUCCCCACCUCAGUUUCAGCCGUUGGAUUUACAUCGCGUUUCCAUGCGCCGAGCCCGGUUCUUCCAGAUGGAAGAGGCCGGGGAAUUGACGACCCCGGUCCCGAAGCCAGAACAUGGAAAUCAGUUGACAAAUGACGCGAGCUCCGCUCAGAAGGAUUUGUCUAAGUCAAGUGGGCCAGAACUGGCGUCGCCUCAAACCACAGGCACCAACCAACAAGAGCUCGACCGCAUCCAAUGCCAACAAAUCGACCACAUGCCGGGACUGGAACCCAAAGAUCCCAAAUCCUUCACACAAAACUUGUUUGAUACAUUAUCUCUCAGGAUGGUUGAAUGGCUGCCCUUGCGUCGCGGAACAGUGUCCUCUGAACCAAAGCUUGAGCCUCAACCUCCCAAAGCCACCGCCCAAAGCCCACCUGCUGCCGGAAAGGGCUCGCACGGGGACAAACCAUCAAGUAGGCCGAAGAAAGAGGCACAGAGAUCCAAAAGUCCAAAGAACCCCGGUUCUCAGCCUCGUACCCCUUCGUCUCGAACAUCGGGGUCUCAGCCGCCUGCAGUAGAGCUCAAGCUUCAGAACCAACACGUCAAGCGAGUAUCUAUACCCGAUGUCGAGAAUUGGCAUCAGAGCCCACGAUCCAGUCUUGAUGAGAAGAAGAGACCAGAGUUCAACAAGAAGGUUCCAGUGGCUACAGAUGAAUUCCAUCCUAUGUCUCCUCCAGCAUUAAAGCAUCGCCCACAGAAGCAUCGUGGAAGGAUUGACGAGGUUGAGUCCGUUCCUCUAAAAGAAAGACGCAAAACCCAACGGCGUGUCUCCUGGGAUAGCGAUAAACUUUUAAAUGAAGUCUCCCCUGUGAAGAAUCCAGCAGGCACAGAUGUCAUUACUCCUUUACCACCUCCUCAUUACUCCCCUCGUCCUCCCAGUGAACACAAUACUGAACAUUCUCCCGUUGAGGAGCUUCCAGACACCAUUCCGCUGGCCCAAACCAUUACCCACUUUACUCCAGAGAUCAUCAACGCCCUCUCCCAGGUUAUUAUAGAAACUGAAGAAGAUGCCGAAUCCUGGAGGGAAGAGGUUGACCAUAUUCAAUCCACUGGCAGCUUUGAACAACCAGAGUGGCGCUUUGCGACUCUGCGCCAGCGAGAGGUCUUUCCUUAUAUCGCCCAAAGCACAUUUUUCGUGUUGAGCAGCCCCCGGCAACUCUUGCUUUCGUUUGGUACCGACCCUGAAAAUAUACACGGAGUCAACUCCAAUGGCCUUGACGUUUUGCAUUUGCGUGUGUCACUGCAACGUCUGAUACAAAUUUGUCCAUGGGACAUUGCGUUGCAUAGUCUAUGGGGCUCUCUCGACCGACUGUUCAUUCCUCCUAGUGAAUUUACAUCUUCUGGAAGGCCAUCCCGUCGGUCUUCUCGAAGCUCUACCAUGACUGGGCCUACAGCUUCGGUCGUUCCACGGCGAAUUUCAGGGUCCAACAACGAAGAGUAUCUGUCUGACCAAGAAGCAGCGUACAUCUCAACGAUUGCACUAUUCACAUUGGUGAGCUCCAUGCCGGAAAUGAACAUGGCGACAUGGCGGGCGGUUGUGCAAAUGCGUGCUAAGGGAUCUGUUGCGUCAUUUUCGGACAUGCGCAAGCUUCCCUCUCAUAACUCCAAGCAAGCCGUUGAAGUCACAGACAGGCUUGAACAUGAGUUAGGCUUGCGCUUGAUUACCCGGCUUGUGCGUGCUAUCACCGCACGACUGGCAUAUUUUGAGAUUUCAAAGGCUCGUCGGGCGUAUGAAGUUGACCAGCCCAAACAGCGCAGGGUGAGUGUACUCGACCGCGUGGUCGAUCAUUUGAGUGAUUAUCAUAAUUCGCAUGCUGCUGGCAGCAAUGAAUCCAUCAACCCGGCGUCGCUUCUCGUUGAAUGGCUACGGACUCUUUUCUUGCGCGAAUGGGAUGGCAAUCCCGAAAUGGCCCGCAGUGGCCCUGCUGGAGGUGCCAUUCAGAUCCUGUCGUCGCUGUACAAAGCACGAAAUAGGCUUGGUCUUUCUCCCGAAGAAUUCCAUACACCCCUUCUCACAGAGCGGCUGGACCCUCUGGACAUGCCCGUGGCAUGGGUUGGGAGAAUCGCAAACAACCGAACGAUGUAUCUACUAUCAUACCCUUUCCUCUUCCCUCCAUCCUCUCUUGUCAUAUAUUUCCGCGCCUUGAAUUACUCUGCCAUGACCAAGUCAUACGAGGCUGCCAUGACCACCACCAGGCACGUCACUCAGACUGCUUUCGGUGCUAUUCAAAUCGCAGAUGAUUCUCGGCUCCUCACUCGCAUGAAAACAUCCAUGUCAACAUAUCUCGUUAUCGCUGUUCGUCGUGACAACAUUCUUUCCGAUGCCCUUAGUCAAUUGUGGCGGCGCGAAAAGCGAGAACUGAUGCGACCCUUGAAAGUACAAAUGGGUAUGGACGAGGGCGAAGAAGGCCUCGACCAUGGUGGUGUUCAGCAGGAGUUCUUCCGUGUUCUAAUUGGCCAAGCGUUCGAUCCGUGCUAUGGCAUGUUCACGAUCGAUACUCGGCAUCGAGUGUCUUGGUUCCAGCCCUGUUCACUUGAGCCACUUUAUAAAUUCGAGCUGAUCGGGUUGCUGAUGUCGAUCGCAAUUUUCAAUGGCCUAACACUUCCUUUGAACCUCCCCAUUGCGUUCUACCGCAAGGUAUUAGGGUUGAAGGUGAAGACCUUGGAGCACAUUCGGGAUGGAUGGCCAGAACUCAGCUCGGGCCUGGACACAUUGCUGACGUGGAAGGACGGCGAUGUCGGUGACAUCUUUACUCGCACCUACGAGUUCAGCUUCGAAGCCUUUGGCAAGAUUGAGACGGUAGAUAUGCAAAAGGUUGGCCGUGAUUCCCCUUGGCCGUCGUCUAGCAAACCAGACCCUAUCGCAGGGUCGAGUGCGUGGAUAGACAUUCCCAACUACGAAAAUAAUGCAGCUACCACUCCGCCAUCCCCCAUGACAACUGUAUCCAUCGAUGCUGGAACCUCUUCAGACUCGGUCCAGGCUACCAAGUCAGUCACCGGGGUCUUCUCUUCGCAGCCCCUCACCCCUCUAGCUGAGGAAGAAGCUGCUCUUGUCACAAACGAUACCCGACACCAGUUUGUGAAAGAUUAUAUCUUCUGGCUCACAGACAAGUCCAUCCGACCCCAAUUUGAGGCUUUCCAGAGAGGGUUCAGCACAUGCCUGGACCGGUCGGCUCUGUCUAUCUUCUCCCCGGAGGCACUUAAAAUGGUCGUGGAAGGUAUCCAGAGUAUCGAUGUGGACGAGCUGGAGAACCACGUCCGGUAUGAUGGCGGCUUUGGGCCGAAUCAUCGUGUCAUUCGUGAUUUCUGGAGUGUUGUCCGGGAGUAUCCCAAUGAAAAGAAGGCUCAACUGCUGGAGUUCGUCACUGCUAGUGACCGAGUUCCUGUGAAUGGAAUUUCGAGCAUCAUGUUCGUGAUCCAGAAAAAUGGCGUGGGCGACCUGCGUCUCCCUACCAGUUUGACAUGCUUUGGGCGGUUGCUUCUACCGGAAUAUUCAUCUCGAGAGGCAUUGGCGGAGAAACUGGACAAGGCUCUUGACAAUGCUCAAGGGUUCGGGGUUGCAUGA